UGUAUUCCUGUAGCUGACGUCAAAUGGGGCGUGUGACUUAAUUGGACUGUUAAGUCCCCCCCCCCCAUUUGAAAUUGAGUUCACUGGAGUGCUGCUCUUGUGCUGCAUGGAAGGCAGAGGGGGUCUUGAAGGAGCCCACCACGCAGGCCGAGGAGGAGGCAGCUGCACCUCCUGCACGCAUCCCCUGGAGAAAAUGGCCGCUGGCGCUCCUGCCCUUCUUCUCCUGCACUGCCGUCAUUGGAUUCGCCCUCCACUACUUGACGUCCCCGCCCUCCUCGGUGUUCUUCCUGGGAUGCAGCGUGGAGUUCCCCAACCUCAACUUCUCCUCGGAGCUCGCCGAUUGCUCCUCGCCGCAGUUUCACCUGCAGGCUCAGGCGUUAAACCGUUACUUGGCAGAACUCUACAAGUCCUCUUGGUGGCGCUCGUACUACCUACGCUCAGGGAUUACUGCCUUCAGGUACUGCGGCGUGCUGAUCAAAUACUGUCCCAUGUGUACUUUUUGUCCACUCGGUGUACUAAGAACCCGAGUGACAAACAAUUGGCGGUUGUGUGCGGCAGCGAAGGGGCAUCGGGCCUCAACGUCUUCUACUGGAGCCAGUUCUCUGCCCCGCAUCACAUCGCCACCGCCAUCCGCAGGUCCCGCCCCGAGAGGCUGCAGCGUAGACUUCCUGGCAGCAACAAGGUGCUGUGGGACGGCCGACACGAGCAGCGGUACUACUUGGAGCAAGAUGACGUCACCCGACAACUGCUGGGUUUAGACCCUGAUGACUUGGAGCUGGAAGAAAAAUCGGGCAAGAUUAAGAAUCCACACAGCGGGAAAUGGCAGCUGGGCUUCCAAGCCAUGUCCUUUGACCUCUACGCCAAACACGGCGUCAACCGCACCCUGAGCCUCGUCAGCCCCAAAAAGCUGUACUACCAAUGGCGUCUCCGCGUGCCGGCCGGUCACGUGGUGCGGCUGGUCAUCCUCGCCCUGCACGGCGCCACGCCGGGAAGCUGCGGCGCUCACAAGCUCUCGGCCUACGACUUCCUGCUUCCUCUGCAGAACAAGAUCAUCGCCAGGUGGUGCGGACUACCGCCGCAGGGCUCGCCCGCCGCCAUGAGUCUGACCUCCUCCGGGAACGUCAUGCUGGUCACCUUCUCCUUCAGCCGCCAGAGGGAGGGCACCGUCUUUAAGGCCUAUUUCCAGGCCGUCCCGAAAGCAGGCUGUGGAGGCUCACUUUCCUCCUGGAACGGCUCCAUUUCCUCCCCCUACCACCCCUCCCACUACGCUCCCAAUAUAGACUGCAGCUGGAAGCUAAGAGCGCCGUUGCCUGGAUACCUGAUCUCCAUGACGAUCGUGACGGUGGACAUCCAGGGGUCGUCGGACGGCUGCGAGAAGGACUGGCUGGACGUCGGGGGGGUGAAGCUGUGCAACCCGGUGUCAGAUGCCAGCAAGAGGCGGGUCUACUCGUCUCCGCUUUCCAUCCACUUCCACUCCGACGAAUCCCAAACUCACAAAGGCUUCCAUCUGCUCUUCCGGGCCUUCUCCGCAGAAGCUGCGUGUCCUCGUCAAUUCCGCUGUGGAGACGGACGCUGCGUCCCUUUAAGGAGCGUGUGUGACGGCGUCAGAGACUGCUCGGACGGACGAGAUGAGGCCAAAUGCUCGUCGUGCAGGCCCGGCGAGGUGUCAUGCGGUAACGGACGCUGUCAGCCUCCGAGCAGCCCGUGUUCCAGCAUGUGUACGGACAGCAGCGAGGAGAGCAGCUGCAGAAGUGAAUGUCACCACAGGUGCCCCAACCAAGGGUGUCUGCCCAAGUCUUCAGUGUGCGAUGGCGUGGUGGACUGCAAGGACCGCAGUGAUGAGAUGAACUGCACCAGAGCAUACGUGAAAGGCUGCUCCCCGUCCUCCUUCAAGUGCGCCAACGGGAAGUGUGUGAGUAAGGUCAACCCCGAGUGCGACGGCGUCCGAGACUGCCCGGACGGGUCUGACGAAGCGCGAUGCGGCUGCGGGGUCCGGCCCAGGAGGCGUCCCAAGAUAGUGGGCGGCUCGGAUGCGGGUCCGGGCUCGUGGCCGUGGCAGGUGAGCCUUCAGAUGGAGCGCUACGGUCACAUCUGCGGCGCCACGCUGCUCGCCAACCGCUGGCUGGUCUCAGCCGCUCACUGCUUCCAGGACUCGGACGCUAUCAAGUACUCGGACCCGCGUGCGUGGCGGGCCUUCAUGGGGCUGCGCGUGGUGACCGCCGGGACCAACAGCGUGGCCACCAGGCCCGUGCGCCGCAUUCUCCCCCACCCCGGGUACGACCAGCUCACCUCGGACUACGACAUCGCGCUUCUGGAGCUCAGCGCCCCCGUCUUCUUCAACGACCUGGUGCAGCCCGUGUGCGUCCCCGCCCCCUCGCACGCCUUCGCCAUGGGGACCAGCUGCUACGUCACGGGCUGGGGCGUCCUCAUGGAGGACGGAGAGCUGGCCUCGCGCUUGCAGGAAGCGGCGGUGAGGAUCAUCAGCAGAAACACGUGCAACAAGCUCUACGACGACGCCGUCACUCCCAGGAUGCUUUGCGCCGGGAACCUGCAGGGUGGGGUGGACGCCUGCCAGGGUGACUCGGGGGGGCCGCUGGUGUGCCUGGAGCGCGGCAGGCGCUGGUUCCUGGCGGGCAUCGUGAGCUGGGGCGAAGGCUGCGCCAGGCAGAACCGUCCGGGCGUGUACACGCAGGUGGUGAAGUUCAGCGACUGGAUCCAUCAGCAGACCAGAGGACAGGUGUGACGCCGGUCGUCUGUCGUCCGGGGCGCCGUCAUGCCGGGAAACACGGCCAGGUUUGUUUUGUCGGGCGGUGAAGCGGACACGGAGACAUGGACUCUUCCUUUGGCCGUCGGUGCAAUCGAUCAAUCAAUGAAACGUCACCUCAUCCCAAAAUAAAGGCAACGUUUUCCUUCA